AUGGAUGCCACCAACUCAGUGAUACGUAUCAAACCAUACCAAUACAUUCAUGUCUUGGAUAAUAAUACCAAUGUAACCAGAGUAGAGAUUGGUCCAAACACCUUUACACGUCAAGACCACGAAAAGGUAGUUGCCGGUCCAGAUCCCAUGAUCAUGAUUCCACUCCGUAACUACUGCACCAUUGGUAACCCAGUAGUUCGCAAGGCCGACGGAUCAUUGGCUUUGGAUGAGUUUAACCAAGUCAAGUUGAGACACGGUGAUGAAGAGAUCCGUGUUGCUCAAGACCCAUUCCCAUUAUACCCAGGUGAAAAGUUGGUUGGCAAGGUCACUGCCCUCCAAGUCGUUCCACCACUCCGUGCUCUUCGUCUCAGAGCACUCCGUGACUUUACCGAAGGCAAGGUCACCCACGUUGCCGGUGACGAAUGGUUAUACGAAGGUCCAGGCACCUACUUGCCACGCAUUGAAGUCCGUGUCGAGGAAGAGAUCAAGGCCAACAUUAUCGGUCCAAACCAAGCCCUCAAGCUCCGUGCCAACAAGGCCUGUAUCGACAGACUCGGCACUGCCAGAAAGGCCGGUGAAGAGUGGUUGGUCCGUCAAAGCGGUUCCUACUUGCCAGGCGUCGACGAAAAGAUUGUCGAGACUGUCAACGCAUACAUUUUGACCGACAAGAAGGCUCUCCACCUCAAGGCCAUCAAGUCGUUCACCGACGAGUCUGGCAAGACCCCAGUCCAAAGAAAGGCCGGUGAAGAAUGGCUCGUCACCUCGUCCGACCGUGAAACCCAUAUUGCCGAUGUCUAUGAAACCGUCGUCUCUGAGAUUGCCAUCACCACCCUCUCCAAGCGUCAAUACUGUGUCGUCCUCGACCCAGUCGGUGCCAACGGCAAGCCACAACUCGGUCAAAAGGAGUUGCGCAAGGGUGAAGUCUCCUUUUUCCUCCGUCCAGGAGAGUCGCUCGAAGGCAACCGUAUCAACCCAGUCUACAUUCUCAACGACCAAGAAGCCCUCCUCCUCCGUGCCAAGGAAACCUUUACUGAUGGCGCCGAAACCCAUUUGGCCGGUGACCGUUGGAUGAUCUAUGGUCCAACCGAUUUCAUCCCACCCGUCCAAGUCGAAGUUGCCGAGAAGCGUACCUCGAUCCCAUUGGACGACAACGAAGGUAUCUAUGUCCGUGAUAUCAAGACUGGUAAGGUUGCCUCGCUCUCUGCCCGUACCUAUAUGCUUCGUCCAAACGAAGAACUCUGGGAAAAGGAGUUGCCCAAGACCGUCGAAGAAGUCUUUGCCAAGGAAACCAACGACCCCGACUUUGGCAGCCGUGACAAGACCCGUGUUGUUACUUACCGUGCCCCACACAACUCUGCCGUCCAAAUCUACGAUUACAAGGAAAAGAAGGCUCGUGUUGUUUUCGGUCCAGAGUUGGUCAUGCUCGGUCCAGACGAACACUUUACCGUCCUCUCGCUCUCUGGUGAAAAGCCAAAGCGUCCACACGUCAUCAAGUCUAUUGCUCUCUACCUCGGUCCAGAUUUCAUGACCGACGUUGUCAUUGUCGAAACCUCUGAUCACGCCAAGCUCUCGUUGAAGUUGUCCUACAACUGGCAAUUUGUCAUUGACAAGACCAAAAAGGAGGAUGCCCAAAAGAUCUUCCAAGUCCCAGAUUUUGUUGGUGACUCUUGCAAGGCCAUCGCCUCGCGUGUCCGUGGUGCCGUCGCUGCCGUUCCAUUUGACGACUUCCACAAGCGUUCUGCUGAAAUUAUCCGUCACUCUGUCUUUGGUUUUGAUGAAACUGGCAAGCCAAAGGAAAACUUUGUUUUCAAUUCCAACGGUCUCGUCGUCACCAACAUUGAUAUUCAAUCUGUCGAACCAGUCGACCAACGUACCCGUGACUCUCUCCAAAAGUCUGUCCAAUUGGCCAUCGAAAUCACCACCAAGUCUCAAGAAGCUGCUGCCCGUCACGAAGCCGAAAAGCUCGAACAAGGUGCCCGUGGUCGUCUCGAACGUCAAAAGAUCAAUGAUGAAGCUGCUGCCGAACUUGCCAAAAAGGAGUUGCUCGAGUUGCAAGCCCAAUCUGCUGCCGUCGAAUCCACCGGUCAAGCAACCGCAGAAGCUCAAGCCCAAGCUGAAGCCCAAGCCAUCACUGCCGAGGCUAACGUUAACCAAGCCAAGCUCAAGGCUCAAGCCACCAAGAUCCGUUCCGAAUCUGAACUCCUCUUGAUCAAGCAAAAGCGUGAGGCCGAACUCCAAUACAAGAAGAAGUUGGAUGAACUCGAAAUCCAACGUGCCAAGGAUCUCACUGAAAUCGAUGCCAAGAAGUUUAGAGACAUUGUUGGAUCCAUCGGUGCCGACACUAUCAAAUCCAUCGCCCAAGCUGGCCCAGAAAUGCAAGCCAAGCUCCUCUCUGGUCUCGGUCUCAAGAGUUUCAUGAUUACCGAUGGUUCUUCACCAAUCAAUCUCUUCAAUACUGCCAAUGGUUUGGUUGGUGGUAAUAUCCCAAAAUAA